AGUGAAUGCAUUGAUAAAAUGUAGUGCAUGUCAGCGUUUGCCAAGAUGUUGUCAGCUGUCACGAGAUCCAUCAGCAUGAGGAACAGGAAGGGAAUGGUUAACUCUAAAAAACGAUGAUGCGAGUACAAUAAAAGGGACGAUAUUGAAACUAGUGGUGUGCCCAAUUACAGAUGAUAGUUUUUUUUCUAGAGAAUCCGAUUUUUACUCAAUUCUGUAUGUUACCGACAUGGCAAAAACUCCGUGGAUUAUUAUUUUAUCAGUCAUUCUCCGGUCAUCUCAGGUGAUCUGUCAAGAGGCAAUCUUGCACAUCUCAAAUGGAGCCACAGAUAAAGAAUACUGCCUGGUCUACAACUCCUUAUGGACCAACCUGUCACUCUCACUCAGCGCUGCUACUGCGUAUCCCCUGGUGAACCUGUCGUCCAGGAAACUGUGUAGCUCUGCAGGGGUGAGCCCAGCCAUAGUGAGAGGCAAGGUGGUGGUGGUCAUGAGAGGGGAGUGUAACUUAAGCCAGAAGGCUGUGGUUGCCCAAGACCUGGGGGCUGCCGCUCUGAUCGUUGCCAGCACUAAAUCUAUGAGUCCCCCGGGAGCCAAUGUGACAGAGUAUGAGAAAGUCCAGAUUCCGCUGGCUCUGAUGAGAUACAUGGACUUCCUGGACGCACAGAGUGUGUUUGGUGAGGAGAUGCAGGUUAGGCUGUAUGCCCCGGCGGUGCCUGUGUUUGAUGUCAGCAUUGUGGUCAUGCUUCUCAUAGGAGUGGUGACUGUUGCUCUGGGAGGCUACUGGAGCGGAGCCUGUGAGAGAGAGAGGCUGAGUGCGUCUCGAGGAGGAGGGGGAGGAGAGAAGAGUGACAGUGGGGACUUGGCUCUGUACUCUCCCCUAAAGGUGGUCAUUUUUGUAGGUCUGAUGUGUCUGAUGCUGGUACUCAUGUACUUCUUCUACAAGUACCUGGUGUAUGUGAUCAUCGCCAUAUUCUGCCUAGCGUCAGCCACCGCCCUCUUCAGCUGUCUGGACGCCCUGUUGGACCUGGCCAAGUGUAGCCCCAUGAGUGUGACGGUCCUGGGUGGGAGUGUAUCUGUGAGGUCGGUGCUGCUGUCUGCUGUGUGUGUCACCGUAGCUGUGGUCUGGGGAGUCUACAGGAACGAGGACAGAUGGAUCUGGAUCCUGCAGGACCUCCUGGGUGUGGCCUUCUGUCUCAACUUCCUGAAGACCAUCUCCCUGUCCAACUUCAAGAUCUGUGUGAUCCUGUUGAGUCUGCUGCUGUUGUAUGAUGUGUUUUUUGUCUUCAUCACUCCUCUGUUCAUGCCGAAUGGGGAGAGUAUCAUGGUCCAAGUGGCCCUGGGUCCAGAUGCAUCAGGAGAGAAGGGUAACACGGUGGAGGUGUCAGCCGAACCCUCGACUCCAUAUGAGAAACUCCCGGUAGUGAUGCGUGUUCCACGGUUCUCUGCGUGGACACAGAACCUGUGUGGCAUGCAGUUCUCCAUCCUGGGCUACGGGGACAUCAUCGUACCAGGUCUUCUUGUGGCCUAUUGCAGCAGGUUUGAUGUGUGGGUCAACAGCCCCAAGAAGGUCUACCUUUUCUGCUGCUGCAUAGCCUACCUGUGUGGUAUGGUUUUGACGUUUGCGGUGAUGUUGGUGACUAAGAUGGGGCAGCCAGCCCUGCUCUACCUGGUUCCAUUCACCCUGCUAGGAUCUGCUCUGCUGGCCUGGAGGAGAGGGGAGAUGAGGCAGUUCUGGAACGGGACCACAUACGAGGUGUUGGACUCCACCAGGGAACCCUUAUUGCCAGAUGGAACACCUGACUAUGGCAGCGGAGGAGGAAAGUGCUGACUACAGCUGAUCUAGGAGCCAACUAACAAACCAACCACAGGGGCUCUUUUCUACUCUUCAAAUCAAGCAUCUAGUUUAUCAUCCAUGGGAUGCAAGGGAAAUACUAUAGCUAGUCUAUGAAUCAAUAAGGAUUUAUACUGGGGAGGGGUCAGGGGUGGGUUAGGGGUUGUACUGUGUGGGUCUCUGUUGAUUGGGCAGUGAGACAGUUUAAUUUGAGAGGCUUACUAGUGGCUAAGAAUGCAGUGGUUAACUAGUGGCUAAGAACUAUAAUAUUAAAAUGAUGCCUAAACUGUGUUGCCUUGGUAAAAGAUACAAGUGAUUUAUUGAGAAAGCACUUUAAUACUCAUGUUGGCAGGUUUUGGAGGAUUUUAAAUUCAAAGUUAAACUGUCGGUGAAGAUUUUUUUUUUUCUUCGAUAACAGCUGUUCUGGGGUUUUCUGUGUAACUUGUUUGUUUUAUUGAGAAACACAAUCUUUGAUUGCUUUUGUUGCCUUUAAAUUAGUCCAAUCUGA